AAAUUAGUUUGCCCUUUCACAGAUUAACAUAUAUGUUAGCCAAUAGUAAUGUAAAGAGCUAUGAGAUCAGCCAAUUGGCUGGCAGUAGGCGGGUCUCGGGUGCAACUACGUAAGCGUUGCUGGUGUCGAGAAGAAGCCGAUUCUGGAAGCCAUUACGCUGCGCAUUUUAGCUAAGUCAAAUCUUACUUUUUUUACGUACAAUACGCACAGUUUUCUCUCGUAAAGUAAGAGGGAAUAUUACAAUGAUGGCAUCUGCGUCGAAAAAGAGGAAAAUGAACUUCUCAGAGAGGGAGGUGGAGAUCAUAGUGGAGGAAAUUGAAAAACAAAAACACACGCUGGUGAAUCACUUUAACGCCGGAGUCACACACUUGGCCAAGAAUAACGCGUGGUUGGAGAUCGUAAAGAAGGUGAAUUCUGUUACCACCUGUCCCAGAGAGUUACUGGAAGUGAAGAAGAAAUGGUCCGACUUGAAGACAGAGGUCCGCCGCAAAGUGGCCCAGGCCAGGGCCGCUAUCGAGGGUACAUCUACGGACUGCACCACGGUGCCGGUCAUCCUCACAGCAAUGCAGCAGCGAAUCUGUAACCUGCUGGGGGAGGCAACCAUCGUCAGUCUACCUGUGGGAGAAGGUGAUGCUGUUGCCACCGGGGCGGAGAUCACUCUGCCGUUGACCGUUAGCACCGGCUCCGCCUGCUCCACCUCCACCAUCCAGCUCACUGGCACUUUACACACUGACUCUGUUGAAGUCUGCACUGAACACAAACCUCUUAAUACUGAAACAACCUUCACCUUAGAGGAUGGAGGUGUGGUGGAAUACUGCACUGCCACUAUGGAUGAGGCCACCACCACCGUGGUGGAGUCUGUGGAGGCUCCGGUGGAGAUGCUGGCCUCGGAUCCUGCUUCUCCUACUCCUCCUCCUCCUCCUCAGCGGGUUCAGGCCAAGCCUCAGGAGCUGAAGAGCCGCAUCGCCCUUAACUCAGCUCGCCUCCUGCAGGAGCAGAGGGUCACCAACAUGCUCAUACGACAGAUUGCUCAGACCAUGGAGGGUCAAAACGAGCUGCUGCAGAUGGUGAGGCGCUCGCAGGAGGCACAGGCGUUUGCCCAGGAGAGACAGGCCAUGGCUCUGGAGGGGACGCAGGCUGCCCUCCUUGCUCUUGUCCAGAUGAUGCGGCCUGCACUAAAAGACCUGAGGAAAUUCCUACAGACUGGCACAGAGGCUGUUCUUGCCAACAGUUCUACAGCAGGAGUCACUGAUGGGUCAGGAACCGAGGAGCAGAACAGACCCAAAACUCCAGAACCACUAGCAGCGGUAGCACCUGAAGAGGCGCAGUAGACUCUGGUUGUGUAUGAACGAGUGUGUGUGUGUGUGUGUGUGGAGAGAUAUUUCCUACUGAAUUGUAUUGUUUUACAUGCAUUUUAUGUUCGAUGAGGUAUUUUGAAGAAAUGUUUUAUUUUUGUACAAUAGAGUUUCUCUAUGGAUUGUUUCAUUUCUCUUAACUGCGGUUGAAUUGCAUUAUGGAAAAUUAUUGUAAACAAGCCUAAAAGCAAAAGAAUUCCUAAGAAAAAAAAAUACUGAUGUACAUCUCUACAGAAUGGUGGAGCUCAGUUAUAUCAUCACGAUAGUCAGCAGUAAUUGACAGUUUGCACAGACAUGUAUGUCCAUGAUAGACUUCACUUGUCUCCAAAGCUAAUUGUAAAACCUAUUUUGAUGAAAAUAUAGGUAACAGGGUUCGAUUGAUACGCUACACGGAAUAAUGGGAUUUCAACUAUCGCUCUGCAGACUGUGCUGUUUGUCUGUUAUGUCAAACCACUUUCUCACUUAAUAA